AGCCCCGUUUCCCUUUUUCCCGGUCUGUUUGCGACUGCAGCUGCGGCUUUCAGGAGCAGCAGCCUCACAACCGCUCGCCAUGGAUUACCUUGAUGGUUAUCUCCUUGUUCCUCCCGACCGAAACCACAUUCUUGCGAAAGCGCAAUGGAAGGAAGAUGCGGAACCUUCUUACCAGUGGCCUACGAGCUGCGUUCUCGACGCCCAAGUCCAAAUGGUCGCCUAUCGCAAACAAGGGCCUAUCCAGCCCACGCUUGUUGUCACCAUAUCCGACAAGGAGCGGAAACGCCGCUCUAGUCGAUCUGUGGGCUUGAUGGCAAGCAAGGAAGCCGGUACUAGUACUCUGUGGUUUCGAACACCACAGGAUGACCAUCACAACAGUCUCCAUGAGUGGGCUCAGUUUAUCCUGGAUAAGAAGAAUCCUACAGCCUCAGAUGGAAGCAGCACGCCGGUGUUUUCGAGCCCCUUCAGCCCCAGGAGCCGUGAGAUGGAAUACUUUCCCAGACCUGAUAGCGGAAAUCAAGCGAGCCGCCAGGAUGCGAGACCUCUACAGCACAAGAGCUCCGGCGCUACGUAUUCAACGGGACCUCGCGAGCGGCCUGCCACAUUCAGCUCAGAUUCGCCGAGCCUGCGAUCCAAACGAAGCGACAUAUCCUCGCCCUCUAGCGUCAGCCAGCACCCGAUCCAGAAGUCAUUUGCGGUUCCAAGCCAAAUCUACACUGGACCGAUGCAUAACGAUGCGGGGUUGCCUUCGAUCAGAGACUCGAUUUACCAGGGAGAACUGAUCGAGGGAUGGACGGCGGCCCAGGGGCGCUCCUCGACCUUGAGUUCACCCACGCGUGGCCCUGAAACGCUGGGCUCACCAAUGGAGGCGUUCAUGGGGUUUGACGUCAGCGCACCGCCUGCCCCUGGAGAGACGAUCCUUGACAGGGCCUUUCAGAUGGGGCAUAUUCCAUGGGCUGACACAAGCGUCCCCGGUCAGGAGAACUUCAAUUCCAUUGCUCGAUUCGAUGCUCUCAUGCGUGAAGUAGACGAUAAGCGGAAACAGCGAGAGGCUGCCCAGCGCCUGGAACGAGCGGCCGUACGCAACACGUACAAUCCUCAAGUCGGGCAACAUCUUGACUACAACCAAGAGUUCGACUCCGAUGACAACGCGCACUCGGCAGACGAGCAAGAGGGCGGCUAUGAUAGGAGCCCGAUUAUUUCCCCUUCGGCUCAGCGAGCAUUGGCCUUUAUCGCAGAUCGACGCGGCGAGUCGCCAAGAGAGCGCGGAUCACGACGUCCCACCAUCUCCAGGGCUCACUUGAGCUUCCAUGUCGAUACGAUGGCCUCGGCAUCGACAUCGCAAUCCCCGCCCUCACGGCCUCACACAGCUCACGCCAAAAGUCGCCUCAAUCCCACGCAGAGGACCCAGAGCACGCCGCACCUGAAUCCAAUUUCUGCAGGCAGGGUCACCGAUGAUAAUGCUUCACGGAGCGGAGACUCGGAUCAUCGCCGCUCUGGCGCGAGCUCCAAAAGGUUGAGUUUCUCUGAGUUCACCAGAAGGCUCUCGAGCACCAGCAGCUUACUGGUAGUCCAGACCAACAGCAGCGGAGAUAGCCGCCGAGGAAGUGUGGGCGCAGAGCCGCUUCCCUCCAGCGUCCGGCGGCCCAAUAUGAGCCAUAGGGAUACCGUUCCCCCGCCCAGAAGCCAAGAAUGGCAGACCCAAGAUCGACGCUGCCCGUGGCGCAACAGUGUUGUCGGCGUUGGCCCCGAGGGCGGGUUUCUUUAAAUUGGCGUUACACCCUAGUUUAUUGCCCGCCUGUGCAACACAUUUUGGCUGCCUCUCUUCACCUUAUGAUUCUCUGCCGACUAAUACACAUCUCCAACGACCUUCACUCAUCAGCGUUUUGUUUUUUUCUUGUGAAACUGAGUGGCACAUUUCCUAGAAGAGGAACCAAAUCCAAGGAGCAAAGAUUUCGGAAUGCAGGCAUACCUGGCUCACGUCGCCUGGGCGAGAUAUCUCCUGUUUUACUCUCACUUUUAUUAAUAUCGCCUUUUACAUAACGACGACAUACAUCAUUUUUACUAUUAGCAUCACUACGCACGACGCAUUACGACGAGGACUGUUCAGCCUUAGCAUGACUCCGGCGCUGGUUUUUAUCUUGGGAAGAGUGUACAAAUUCUUAUUUUCAUCCCCUAUUCUCACUCCUCUCUUCUCUUUUUUGCUCCUUUUCUUUUCUCCCCUCAUCCAUAGGAGAGGUGGCUCCCAUUUCUUGUUUUAAAGACCUUACGGUGUUUAUUAGAUAUUUUCACAUUUCCCUUCUUUUUCCUUCUUUCUACUUAGUCUUUUCUGCGCCCCGGCGUGGGAGAAGGAGGGAGGGGGAAAACGUAUUUUAAAGUGACCAUGAUGGGUAAGCAUAUAGUCUUUUCAAGUACAUGGUUUUUGAAUUCACGAGAUGAGACGAAAAGAGAUGACGCAGUGACUUAUCAAGUAGUCUCUUGUACGUUGUUGAAUUCUUUUGAUAGAUAGUUAUUGAAAGAAGAAAUACAAUUAUAUCAAUCAAUCACUAUUGUGUAU